CCGACACCGACUAAACUUCUCGCAGCAGUUACGCUUUAGCCAACUGAUCGCCUAGCAGUAAAAACCGUGUCGGGAGCAUCCAACGCAACUAAAUUGAUGAAAAGUUUUGCGCGCUUUUCCGCGCGUUGUUAGUCUAGUAUUUGGUUAGAAAGUUUUUUAAAACGGAUGCUUUUCAGGGGUUAUUUAUAUGUUAACGUUUGCUUUCGGUAAAGGCUUUAAAGUUUUGGUCAACUUUUGGGACUACGUAUUUUCGGGAAAAACGUUAAGUGCUGCUUGGAAACUUUUUGAAGUAUAACCCGAACACGAAUUGGUCAAGUAAAUCACAAAACAUGAAAAACCGAAAAUACAACAACGAAGCAUCCCUAAACCAGGCUGCGGAGUACUAUAACCCCAACGUCUAUUAAAUUGCUCGCCUUAAAGACAUUAUUUCAACCCGAGACAAAUAAUUUCUUAUAUGAAACAAUGGAAAUCAUAGACGCAGUAAACGUAAGCGACGUGUGCAACGAAACACUUUACGGCCCGAAACGUGAUGAUCUCUAUAUUGUUAUACCGAUAACAGUAAUAUAUGUGAUAAUAUUUAUCACGGGAACAGUGGGUAACAUCACGACAUGUAUUAUAAUCCAGAAAAAUAAAUCUUUGCAUACUGCAACUAAUUACUACCUGUUUAGUCUUGCUGUCUCGGAUUUAGUGCUCUUGGUAUCUGGAUUACCGCAGGAGAUUUAUUUGAUUUGGUACAGAUAUCCUUAUGUCUUUGGUGGAUUGUUUUGCUUCCUCAGAGGCCUCUUAGCAGAAACGUCUGGCAAUGCCACCGUGCUUACCAUCACUGGAUUUACAGUGGAACGUUACUUAGCCAUAUGCCACCCUUUUCUUUCCCACACAAUGUCAAAAUUAUCAAGAGCCAUCAAGUUUAUUUUAAUUAUUUGGGUGGUAGCAAUUAGCCUAGCUAUACCACAAGCAUUACCUUUAAAAGUUAGAGGAGUAUGUCCUCUUUGCUUGCCAACGGAGCCGAUAAUCCAGCACUCAUUCGAAAUUUCAACAAUCCUAUUCUUCAUAGCGCCUAUGACUGUUAUUACCGUUCUCUACAUGCUGAUCGGAAGUACUCUGAAUACCUCCAAUAUGAUGAAGGCAAGGAGUAACACUACUAGAAUCCACAGCAAAUCUUCCAAGAAAGUAGUAAAGAUGUUGAUUGCUGUAGUAGUAGCAUUUUUCAUUUGCUGGGCACCAUUCCAUCUACAACGGCUCUACACCAUAUACACUUCUUUUCCAAAAUCGGAUGAAAAAAUGCAUUCCCUUUAUCUACGGAUAUAUGCGCUAGUCACUUAUAUCAGUGGAAUCUUCUACUAUAUGUCUGCAACUACGAAUCCCAUACUCUAUAGUAUUAUGAGUGUCAAGUUUAGGGAAGCCUUUAAGGAGACUCUCUUCAAGUGCUGCGGUAUCGGAAUACAACGUGGUAAGCCUCCGAAACAAUACUCUAUACUUUCGAAGUCGAACCUGAGAGGAGUGGGUUGCCCUUCCGAAUCGACGGAAGACUCUGCCAAGGACCAAACAUUUCCGACGAACACCUCGUUGACAUGCAAGAACUCCAACGAUUCGUUUACUGGCAAUACAACCAGAUUUAAUUUUUCUAUUCGUCGAUUAGCGAAUCCUUCCCAAAAUCAACGAGUAAACUCUCUAAAAUCCCGGAAUAUUUACUCAAACUGCCCUUCCCUGCCCGUGGUUCAUGACUCACAAAACGGAUCCAAAUUAGGGAAAUUCACUCAAUACUUUAUCUGUCUUGCAAAAGAUCCAAAUCAUCGACUUGCCGAACGUCCAAUUAGCAUAGAAUUUCAACGGAAAGGAAGCAAAACGGGUAGCAAAUGUGAUUCUUGUGAUAUUAGCAACAGUAGCUUAAAGGAUAUUGAACAUGGUGCGAUAGAAGACGAGCUCACCGCCUACAUAAGCGACAUGAAAGAUGAUCAGAUAUAGUUGGAGAAUAGUUCGGAAAAGCUAAUGGCUCGUAGAUUCAUGGAGACUGAAUUUUAGGGUAAUUUUUUUUGAUAUUUUUAAGGAAAGAGUUGCAGAAAUAAAUUUAUUUUUGAAGAAAUGUUUGUAAAACAUAGUGAAGUGUAUUGUUUGAGGCAUUAGUAGUACUUAAGCUUUAGAAUGCUCAAAGCAUCAUUAUUUUUAAGGACGUAUCCUACGACGAAGAUGGUAUUUUGGAAAAGAAGUUUAAUCUUUGAGUCUGAUUUACAAACCUGCCAGUUCUCGUUUCAGCCUACAAGUCUAGGUUUCCAAUAUAAAUUGGUUAAAGUCUUCACAUCAACCAUACAGGUUGACGAAUAGAACACUACACAUAGGGAUUAUAAAUGGAAGAAAAGCCGUGUUUCUUAAUUACUUUCUGAUUAAUAAGCGGCGCGGCGGAUUCCGAUCCUGUAUUUUUCUAUUUUCGGCACAGCACAAUCUUUCAUAUUGCACUAUUGAAUCUUAAUUUUUUUAUUAAUAUUUUUUUAUUUUAUCAAUAUGGCUGUUUAGACCUCUUCUAAAAAGUUCAAUUGAGUAAAUUUAGUAAAGUUCAAAUGAGUAAGUUUUAUGGAAACAAUAGACCGAUUACUUGUGCUAAAACUUUGUUAAAUAUCGUGUUAAAUUUUGAGACAUGCAUGUAGACAUUUUUAGAUUAAAGCUCAAGAACCACCUAUUGAAAGGGUUCAGGAGAUCGAACGGCGGGAAGAAAUGGUUUGUAGUACUUUAGUUUUGGAUUAAACACGAUCGAGCAGAAGUGUUGGAGAUGAACUGAGUAUGCGCCAUAAAACUGUGACGAGUAUUUGGGAAUUAUAUUUCAAAACUCAGAAGGUGUUUUGAGGAGAUUUUUUGAAGACCAGUGACAAAAAAUUGCAUUUUGUGAAACAAUGAUGGAAAAGGCAAAUGAAAAUUAAAAUUUCUCAGGAAAUAUUUUGUUUUCAGAUGAGUCCUCUUUUCUGUUGCAUGGUAAACACAAUCCUUCCAUUGUUCGUUACUAGUCUCAGGAAAACGAGCACAGAAGUUUUUAGUUCCGUACUCAAUACCCUCAAAAGUUGAAUAUCUAGCUAGUAUAUUGGGUGACAUUAUUAUUGGGCCAUUUUUCAUUGAUGGUUCUUCGAACGCCUAAAAAACACCUUGAGUUCCUACAAAACUUCUUGACGUUAAAUUCCUCACUGAUAUAUCCUCAUAAGGCGGUUAAAGUAAAAGAAUUUUUAACAAAUACUUUUCCUAACCGCAUUAUUAGUGGAACUGGCAAUAUUAAAUCGGCUCCAAGAUCUUUUGAUUUGCCACCAAAUGACUUUUAUUUGUGGGGUUAUCUUAAGGAGACUAUUUAUAUACGUCAUUAUAGUAGGCCAACGGAUUUAGAGGAAAUGAGAAAUAAAAUUGUUACCGCCAAUUCAAUUUUACCUUAAACUCUGUUGUAAAUAAGAAAGAGCUUUUACAAUAGGCUAACCUUUUGUUUAGCUAAAAAAGAGGGUCUUUUCGAACCUUUUAUUUAAAAAAAUUAUUUAUUAGGUUUAUGAUUUUGGUUACUUUCGAUUUUAUUUUAAGAUGAACAACGCUUUAAUUUUUAAUAUACAAUGCACAGCAUAAAAAAAUUGUAACUACGAAUUUAUGCGGGUUUUACACAUAUAAUUCCUGCAUUAGAAAAUUAUUAUACCAAUGCCGCGUAAUAUUUUUUUUAAAUUUUGCCUCUUUCAACGUCAGACCCUUACUAAAAUAAAAUUUUAAAUAAUCAAGCCCAAACCUCGAACACCAGCGUACUGUCGCGGCGGCGGGUUAUAUCUCGCCUGUUAGGAACUUUAUAUGAAUAAUAAUCCCUUCUCCAAUCUGUAUAUAUUAGUCCAAUUAAUCCAGGAUGUAUAUCGUGUAGAAUUUUUUAUUAAAUAACUUAAAAGCUUUAAUAAGCUUGUUAUUAUUUCUUUCUUUUACACCUAUUCUAAAAAUCUUUACAUUUAAGACCACCAAUGUAAUGAAUUAAGAAACAAAUAUUAGAGAAGAUAAAAGAAUUUUAAAGGAAAUCAUCUUCGGAAUAUUCCACAGAUAAAAAAUAACGAUUAUUCUUGCUGUCAAGUUAGCUGAUAAGUAAUAUAUCAAUUUUAUUUCAAAUACUCCAAAACUUUCUACAGUUUUGAAUAUCAUUUGCCACCCUAUAGUAUGGCCAUUAAAACCAAUAUAUAAUUGAAGGAGAUCUGUGAUUUUCCGUCGUUCUGAAUAUUACCUCCCAUUAGUUUACGGUAAACCUUGGCUCAUUAUUGGCUAUAUGAAGGCUAUAAUCAUGAUAAUGUCGGCGUCCUGCUGGCAUAGACGUCGACCCAAUACUUAGUUAUAAAUAAUUUUAUAGUUAUCAACCUUAGUAAAUCGAUAUCUAUUAUUUGAAAAUGAAUAUUAAGCCAGCUGAAUUUAUGAUUUCUGCAUCUAAGUACUUUCCAUAAAAUUGUAAAUAAUUUUAAUAUAUUUUGUGCUUGUGAUAUAUUUCAAUAGAUUUUAAUAUUAUGUUAAUUAAGUACAUUUUUACAGUCUAUGUGACAUUAGGUACGUAAAAUCAAAAACGAGUUUUUCUGUAAAUAAUAAUUUAAAAAGAAAGGAAUAAAGGUUAUUUAGAACAUAAUUUAUAGAUUUGGUCAUUGUUUAGAAAAUAGUCGUGUUGUGUCAAGCUUUAACUACAAUUUCGACAUAAAUCUUAGGAUAGAAAACUUUACUGUUAAAAUAUGUAACCAAAGAUCUUUUAUUUUAUAAAUUUUUAUAACGUCAAGAAUUAUUAUAUCUAAUAUUCUAAGGUCUUUGUUUGCUCUCAUUCAAAUGGUAAGUAUUGUUUUUUUUUGUUAAGAAUAUUUACCAUAUUUAUUUCUUUUUUUGCUAAUUUCGAAAUAACCACAAACAGCUAUAACUUUUGAAUUUUUAAAGUGUAACACAUAUUAUGUGACACAUCCUAUCUGGAAACAAAAAAAUCGCUUUUGAAUCUAAAAAACUAUUUGCUCGAUACAUAAAAUGAAACAAAAAUAACAGAAGCUGCUUUUAUGUUCAGAACGUAAUUUAAUAUUGAAUGACUGAAUGAAUGUGUAUUGAAUCAAAAUAUAAUAUGAAUAUCCGAGAGAUUUAAAAUUUUAGGUGAAAACGUAUAAAUAGUUACAAAAAAAAAACAUUAAAUAUGUUCGUUCUCAUUUAUGUCAAAUACAGCCACGUCAAAUUUGUUUAAUUUUUGUUUAAAAAAUAAAAUUGGAGCAAACCAAUAAACCCAGCAUAGUCCGCACGAUAUGAUUGUAAGGUGGUCCAAGAUUGAUCAUUAUUUUUAGACGAUUUUUUUUUAUUUAACGAGUAGGAACGCUAAGAAUAAUUUUUGUUAAAAUAUUAUAUAAAUGAAGUUCAGUUUUAAUUUCUGUUUUUUUUAUUGCGUAGUAUUUUCAUCACUGUAGAGAAAAUUACCGUCUUCAUUUAUAUUUUUAAAGUAUUUUCCAAAACAAAUCCUGGAUUGAGUCAUAUGGUUGAAACCUUUGGUGUGACAUUAAAAUCACAAGACGGUUUUCUACUAAUCAAAACUCUUAUUUUAUACUCGAAUAUUAAAUGUUACGUGUUCGGCUAACGAUGAUACUAUAGUGGAAACAAUUCAGGUGUCAUUUUAGCGCCAGGCUUAUGAAUUUUCGCUAAAUAAAAUAAUUUCGGAAUCGUAAGGUUUAAAAAUUCUAGCUUGAAUGUAUCUAAAGAGAAAACAGGGUUUUUACAAUCAUUUAAUGCUGUUUUAACUGCGGAUUUUUGAUAAAGGGACGUAGAAAUUUUUUUUAUGUGCCAUUUUUAAUAAAUUCAUUAACUCAUUUAAAAUAUACUGCUUUGUCUAAAAUAACAACUUUAUUAUAUUUAUCAGCCUUAAAAUAGAAACAAUAUUGUUCUUACAGUCAUUCAAUAAUAUUUCAACUUGAUAUUGACUUGAAUCAUUUCUUCAGCAAAUCCGUUUUAAAUAUGUUAUUGUCGACACUAUUAUCUUUAUUUUAAUAGUCUAAAUCUUAAAGCUCAUUUUGAAGCGAACAACUUUUAUCUUAUUGGACCACUUUAUCUUAUUGCAUCACAUAUCAUCAUUAGUUAUUUUAUUAUAAAUAAGAAAUUCGACACCAAUCUGGAAAUCUGGUUUGUUUUUCAGUAUUCCUAUAUUGAUCUAUAUAGGAGUAAUAUGAAAAAGCUAUCCUGUGAACGAUUUUAUCAACAAUCUUUUGUAAUAUUUUUAUCAGUCUGGGGGAAAUUAUUAUAAUCUUCUUAGUUGUUAUCAUCCAAGUCUUCAGAGCUCUUUUGGUGUUUUAUGAAAAUUUUGAGAUAAAACUUCAUAGUGGUCUCAGUGCAAAUCUUAUGAAAUUGCGAAAAUGUUUAAUCUUUUAAUGAGUUACUGAGAUCUGAAAUAUUAGUAUUAGUGCAUCAUCCAUGAAAGUACAGUAUUUAUUAAAAAAGGGAUUCAAAAGAUAGGCUGAUUUUGAGAUUACGCUAAAUGAAAAUAAACCUCGCCAUCGAGUAAACUAUCGAAUUAGCACUUAAAGAAAUAAAUAUAUUUAAUUAAAUAAUUUUAUUAGUCUUUAUAUUACCUGCAAAUCAUCUUUUAUCUCAUUAUAGGCUUUUUAUAAUUUUAGACUCAUAUUGUGAUGUAUAUACCUCAUCUCAAGGAACCAAAGAUGUAUCAAUGUUGUGUCAAUCUUGCCGUUUUUAGGUCUCGAAUACCCCAAAAAAACUUUAAAUUAAAUAUAAAAAUAUUUUUCGUGACAAGCAUUUAUCAUGACCUCAUUAUACAAAUAACGUUAUGUGAUCCACAACUACAAUAUUACUUAUUUUUUGUAAAUAACUUAAAAAAUUAAAAUAUAAAAUAUUUUUGUAGCCAAAUGGCCUAAAAUAAAGUCUAUUCCUCUAGAUAGAAUGUUCCUGAAUAAGUUCUUCAUUGAUUUUCUAAAGUCUCUGAUCCUUUACCGAUCGUCCGGUCCUGACAGAAUCAUAUGUUACUUGAAAGCAACUUAGAACCUGAGCCGUCAUUAUGAUAUUGAUUAUAUAGGCUAUUACCAUAUAAGUAAUAAGUAAUUUCUCUAAAUAUGAUCGAAUAUAACAAAAUAGUAUCGAGGAUCUUAGUAUCAUCUAAAUUAAUUUAAUAUUUUCGAUUACUGCUGACGUUGAUUUCUUUUUGUGGCAUGUUCAUGCCUCUAGGAUCUGUUGUAGUCAAAUAAUGGAUUCUUGGGGCCAUAUUUAUCAUCGAUAUAGAAGAGUGUAAUAUGUUUAUAUUGCGUAUAAUUUAUUUUGAUAGAUAUGAACAAGUCUUAGCUCUAACAGAACUCUAAGGACUAUUUCUAACAACUCUCUGAAAAAUUAUAUGUAGGAAAACUAAAUGUUUUAUCUAGAAUACUCCAUGUCACCUGUAAAAUUCAUGUUUUUACCAAGAUACUUUAGUGCUAAGUAGAUUUUCCAAUAACCCUACAUUAGAUAGUAAUAAUUGUAUUUUGUUAAUUUUAAUGCAUAAUUUUAUAGUACCUAGAAAUUCAUUAUAUAGGUGUACAACAUAUUUUAAUAUUUAUAAAAUAUACGUCUAAGUAGGUAUUGGAUGUUUCAAUGUGAAAUAAACGUUACUGAUUAUUAUCA